ACAUCAUCCAAAAAAUUAAAGAUGAUAGAAAAGAUGUCAUUUUUUUUCUUUAAAAUUAGCAAAAAAAAGGAGUUAAUGUUUCUCCUUAGAAAUUGCCCCCAAAAUACAGGAAAAAAGCCAUUUUUGAACUGAAAAUUAUUUUAUAUAUUUAAUUGAAAAUCACCCAAAAAUUUAAAUUAAAAUUUGCCAAAACAUUUUGAAGAAAAAAAAAUCACCACAAGUUUCAUUCUAAAAGUCACUAAAAUGUUUGUCUUAAAAAAUUAAAUAUUUUUAUAAGGAACAUGUUUUCAAAGGUAUUUUAAAGUUGUCUGUUCCUCCCUUAAAGACAAAAUAAAAGACAUAAAUCCCUUCCUAGUUCUCUGUGACUAUUUGAUGUGCCUCCCCUCUCAUAAAUAAUGAACAGUCCCUAAACAGUCCCUCCUUUAUUCAAAUAUUCAGUGGUAAUCCUGUUCUGAGUUCAUUUAAACAGGAUAUAUUUUAACAAGCUGUUUGAUAGUCGUGAAACUGAAGCCACGAGGAGAAUCGAUGGUCCGUUUAGAGAAUGUUUGGUCUUUAACAUUUGCCUCAAAGUCCUGGAAAAGUCCCUGAAAGUCCUGGAAAAGUCUCACGACCUGGCUGUGACCCCUCUGUGUGUGCAGCUGCAGGAGCUGAUGUGUCACGUGAUGAUGGGAAACCUGGUGAUGUUCAGGAAGGACUCUGUCCUCAACAUCCUCAUCCAGUCUCUGGACUGGGAGACGUUUGAGCAGUACAGCACAUGGCAGCUCUUCCUGGCUCACAGUAUUCCUCUGGAGACCAUCAUCCCCAUCCUGCAGCACCUCAAGUACAAAGAGCACCCGGAGGCUCUGUCCUGUCUGCUGCUGCAGCUGCGCAGAGAGAAGCCCAGCGAGGAGAUGGUGAAGAUGGUCCUCAGUCGUCCCUGUCACCCCGAGGACCAGUUCACCACCAGCAUCCUGAGACACUGGGCCGCCAAAUACGAUGACACGCUGGGAGAACACAUCAAGGCCCAGCUGAUCAAGAACAACAACCAGCCCCGCAAGAGACAGAGGUGAUGACACUCAGGGGACAUACAGUCCACAGGGGACACGCAGGGGACAUACAGUCCA